UGUUUAAUUUGGUAUAAGCUCUAUCUAGCAUGUGGUAGAUCUAUGUUCAGUGCUUCGAAGCGAUUCACCAGACUUAGCGACUCUUGUCUACUGAUGAAAAUGUUGGUCCAAUACAAAAUCAACUCAUUACAAAAUAGCUGACGUAGAUAUACAUCCCAAAAUUUGUUGCAAUUUAGUUUAAAGUUCAACUCAGUUUAGUGGACAAAGCAUGAACAAAAAAUUGGGAUUACAAAUUAGCUUAUUAUUGUGCAAUUUGUAAACAGCCGCGAAACCAAAUUUACUUUUCUGCUACUCUGAUAUUCCUGCUAUCUUGUUACAUACUUAGUUUUGUUUAAAAUGACAGUUGAUUGACCAAGCGAACCUAAGCCACGAGCUGGGCUGCAUUCAACUUUGAAAAUGGAUUUGUUCAGAUGAUUUGUUUUUUCUUCAACAAUGAACAUUGAGCUUUUGAUUUCUGAACAAUACUUUUACGAAUCUAAUGACUAAUUUGAUAUUUUGAAUCCAAGCAAGUAUAAGAGUUUUAUUGUUUGUUUCAUCGACUAAACGGAAGGAUAUUCGGCCUAUGGUACUGACUUGUAUAUAUAAACAACUACAACUUAUACAGGGACACUUAACUUUGUAAAAAUGGCACGAAGAUGUGCGGAAAAAUGUGGAUUGGCUUGGCUGCCUCUGUUAGCCUUUUGUCUAGUUGCAACUACGUUUAUCAUUUCUUACACCAUCUCACAGGUCAAAGACAUCGUUGUAACAGCGCUCCCCUUUAUUAGCGAUACAGGAACUAUUUCUCCGGCGAGUUGCUGGUUCGGAUUGUUUCUAAAUGCAACCGCUUAUAUGUUUUUGAUGGUGAUGGUUGUGAGGUAUUUGCAAAUCCGAGAGCACCUCACACAUGAGCAGAAAAAAGUGAAAGUCAUCAAUAUCAUAUCACUGGUCAUCGGAAUUCUCGCAGCUCUAGGAGUCAGCAUGGUGGCAUGUUUCCAAGAAACCAACGUCAAGUCUAUGCAUUUGAUCGGCGCGUUCAUGGCAUUUAUAGGAGGAAUUAUAUAUGGAUACAUGCACGCAUACCUAACUCACAAGCUAAUCAAGGAAUCGUUCUUCAACCAUAAAUGGCUCAUGGUCAUCCGAAUCAUUCUGGCCACUAUCAUGCUUGGCGUCAUGGUCAUGAUGAUAAUUGCAAUGCGACACUCAGGGUACAAGCUACCACCUUAUACUCCCACUAAUAGGCCAUACGAACAUAAAGGGUGGUACUUUACAGCGACAUCUUGUGAAUGGACUCUAGGCAUAUCAUUCUUUUUCUAUGUCCUCUCGCUUAGCUAUGAGUUCGCGACUAUCAAGGUGUUGAUCGUGGUAAAGAAUGUUCCCAACAGUUACUUUGUCGCGAAUCCGGAAGCGGGGGUUAAAAAUUCGCUGGUAGAUGAAAGAAGACACUAAACUGGAACAAGAAGCGUAUGGUUGAAACAGAUAGAAGUAAAAUGACAAUUUAAAAAAAAACUGCAAGUAUUUUUGAUGAGUUCUCUUCAAGGUUGCAGUCAUAAAU